AAGUGUUGAAGUAACAGUAUUGUACUGUUUAUGUUUUUUUAGUUUUUCAUUAUGGUGUUUACUUAAAAUUAGUACUUGUACUAUAUGUAAUUAUUCCAUGAAAUGUAAAAUCUAUUUAAGAAUACAUUUUAUUUGAUUUGAAUGUAUUAAACUACAGUCAUCAUCAUGGGUGGUUCAGAAAUAUUACACGAAUGACAUCCCAGUAAAAAUACAAGCGAUCAAAUCGGCAUCAUUGUUGCAUUAGACUUUACGUAAUUUUCAUUGUUUUGAAUGUUAUCCUAGAAGCUAAAAAUACUUUUUUCAUCAUCAUAGGUGGUUCAAAAACAUCACAUGAAUGACAUCCCAGUAAAAAUACUAGUUACAAAUCGGCAUCAAUGUUAUAUCAAUGUUACAUAAGAAUGUACAUAAUUUCCAUUGUUUUAAAUGUUAUUUUAGAAACUUGAAGUAUUUUAUUCACAAGCAUAAAUUAAGUAUUAUAUCAUUUAGAACAUCAAAUACAAUAAAUUGUAUUUGAUGUCAUUUUUGAUUGAUCCACGACGUUAUGAAAGGAUUCGCAAUAUUGAUUUACAGAAGAAUUUAAAUAUUGGUUUCAUGAUAAGCAACUUUUAACUUAAUGGUUAGUUGCCAUUAUAAAGUGAAAUCACUUAGAUAAACUAAUUUCACUUGUUUCGUUUUUGAUCAAAGUCGAGUUAUUAUUUUUUGUUGUUAUUCUUUCAUGGUCGAAUACGCGCUUCGUCACUAUGUCACAAUAAGUGAUCUUCACGGCGAUUACUUUACGCAUUAUUAUUGCUUUGUUACGCAUUAGUAUAUUGCUUCGUUUGGUCCGACUUUUUUUCCUUGUUUACCUGAUUAGUGACAAAAAUAUAAAAUAUAGUUUAGAUUUUCAUAUACUUGUUUUAAUUUAAGGUUGUUUUAAUUUUAAAUGCCUUUAAAUGCUUAUAUGCCGCAAAUAGUAGUAGAGCCUAAAGAUUCACUUGUUAUUAAUCCAGUAAGAAUAUUUGGAAAUAACUUCAAACCCGAAUCAACAGUUACAAUAGUUGCAUCAGUAUUCAGCAAGCUAGAAAAUAUUUCCUUUUUUUCUUUUGCUCAUAUAAUUAUCUCAAGUGAUGGUUCUUUUGACUUAAGCAAGACAGAAUCAUUGGGAGGAACAUAUACAGGUGUUCAUCAAAUGGGGUUGUUUUGGUCAAUGAUAAAGGAACCAAAUAGUAUUAAUAGACUGCAAUGUGCUGAUCCAAGCAUUCCGUUAGAAUAUGAGUUUAAGGUUUACUAUUCUCAUGUUAAUACAUUUGUUGACAAAAAAUUGGUUUGUGCGACUAAUGCAACUAGACAUAUAUUAACUAAAGAUGUUUCCAGGAAAUUCAUUAAAUAUGGUAGAAUUCGUGGCAUUUUAUUCUGUCCUCCUGGAAAUGGUCCAUUUCCAGCUGUCAUUACAUUAUAUGGGGGAACUAAAAAGCAGCUGCCAAUUCAAGAUGUGUCUGCAAUUCUUGUAAAUAAUGGUUAUGUAUCAUUGGCAUUAGCUUAUUUUAAUGUAGAUGAUCUUCCAAAAGUUUAUGGCAACCUAGAUAUAGAAUAUUUUGAAGAGGCUGUUGUGUUUCUUCAAAAUCUUCCAGUUGUGAACAAAAGUUCAAUUGGAGUGUAUGGAAUAUCUAAAGGUGGAAGUGUGGCUUUAGCAAUGGCUUCAUUUUUACCACAAAUUAAAUCUGUUGUUAGUAUGAAUGGAAGUCUUCAUAGUAUUGGUGGAGAUACAAAAUAUAAUGGAGUCACCAUUCCUAAACUUGUACACAAAGAUGAAACUUAUUAUAAAGUUAGUAAAUAUGACACAAUUGUAUCAAGUUUUAUAUAUGCCAAAAUACCAUUAAAUGAUCAAUCUCUAAUUCCUUUUGAAAGAUCAAAAAGUCAUAUAUUAUUUGUUGUGAGUCUUGAUGAUAGUUCUGUAAAUGUUGAACAUUAUCUUAAAAUUCUAAAUAAUAAGAUUAGUUCAGCUAAAACAAAUAACUUCAAAGUUAUUACUUGUGACGGUAUGGGUCAUUUAGUAGAUGCUCCAUAUAUGCCAGUUUGUUUUUGUGCACCUUCUGUUGAGUAUCCAGAAAUUUUUGUUGAAUAUGGCGGGAGAAAUAUUCAAGCACAUGCUUUGUCACAAAUAAAAGUUUGGAAACAUGUUAUAGAUUUUUUUGAUAGUAGUUUAAAAAUUCCUUUAAGUUCUUUGUAGUUGCAAUAUUAUUAUUUUAAUUUAGUUAUUAUUAAAUUAUUGUUUAUUUUUAUUCAUCUUUAUAAAAGUUUGUAUUUUUUAAAUAUAUCCUUUUUUUUUUAGUUGGUAUUUUUUGUUCAUUAAUAUUUUCAAUGUUAUCAAUAAUAAAAAAAAGCUGAAUGUUUUUAUAAAUUUUUU